AUGUUUAGCAGAUCACUUCUAAGAUCAGGCCUGAUCAAUCAAUCCUUUAAAAGAUUCAACUCCACCUCAGCAAAGUACGGAAUCCCAAAAUUCUUGCCAGAUGCCGAAAAGGAGUUUGGAAUUAAGACCCCAGAAAACUACGUUCCACCACAAUACAGAGAUCCAUAUGAAAAAUAUGACGACCAACAAAACAGGGUUAAUUUUGGUGAGGAAAUCCAUCCAUACCAUGACUAUAUGGAUAUGUGGUCUCCAGACCAUUUCCAGUCUGUCAAGGACCAUGUUGCAGUUAGACAAUUUCUCACAUUCAUGGGUUUGUUAGGUGUAUUUGCUUAUGCUAUCUAUGUGACUGACAUUUGGCCAGAAAGACCAAAUAUGCCAAGAUCAUACCCUUAUGAUGGACUAUAUAGAGAUUUGGGCGGCAGAGAAGGUGAACAAGAAUUAAUGCAAGCAAGGGUUGAUAAGGGUAACUAG